GCCUUUUAAAAUUCAAAUCUUCGCUGAUCAGACGCGCGCAACAUGCCCUUUAUUCACUGUUCAUUCCGAUAUGCAACCUUUCCCUGCUCUUAUUUUUUUUUCAGGUCCCCCGCUUCCAGGCAUCAAGACUAGCACGCUAGGUCUAAUCGCCGGCUUCUUAGUAAAAGCCACAGAAGACUCACUUACAUGCCAGCAGUGCGUGCAAAACAUCAAGGCUCCACGCUCUUCUAGCCCAGCGACUGCAGUGAUCUUUAAUGUGGACAGAGGUGGACUCUCGUACCCGCGACAAGAAUUCCUUUCCUUUAUAUGCGCGCUUGAAGAAGCCGCUGAAGCUUUUGCCCCACUGUCAAUUCACCAAAAGAAACCAAUGUCACUAUUUGUGACAACUGUCCUCCCAGCAACUACGCAGAAUAGGCUGUUCAAACACGAAGGCUCUACGGAAGAGCACACAAAAAUGUUUGCAAAGCUCGUCCUCGAGAAAUUCAGCAGGCCAUUUUUCACAAACUAUAUGGCCAACAAGACGGAAAAAGAGGCGCGCAAAAAAGUAAUUGCAAUGAAACCAAACUCCCGAAAGGUGCUUAAAGUUUAGCACGCCACGUUUACUAGACGCUGGUUUUGUAAAUAAACACAUUCAAAUGUUA